AUGGGUUCCGCAUCAAAUGAUCAGCAACACAAGAACUUCCUAUUAUCUAAGAUUGCAACCAACCAUGGACACGGCGAAGACUCUCCAUAUUUUGAUGGAUGGAAAGCCUACGAUAAGAACCCUUUCCACCCAACCAACAAUCCAGGGGGAGUUAUCCAGAUGGGUCUUGCAGAAAAUCAACUUUGCUUCGACCUGAUCGAAGAUUGGAUUAGAAGAAAUCCACAAGCAUCUAUCUGCACCACAGAAGGAGUCAAGGAAUUCAAGGAUACUGCCAUCUUUCAGGACUACCAUGGCUUGCCGGCCUUUAGACAAGCUGUGGCGAAGUUUAUGGGGAAAGUGAGAGGAUGUGGAGUCACAUUCGAUCCCAAUCGCAUAGUUAUGGGUGGUGGAUCCACCGGAGCCAGUGAGUUGAUCACCUUUUGCUUGGCCGAUCCUGGUGAUGCCUUUCUGGUCCCCUCACCUUAUUACCCAGCGUUCGAUCGAGAUUUGAAAUGGAGAACAGGAGUGCAACUAUUUCCAGUCAUAUGCGAGAGCUCUAACGAUUUCAAGAUCACCAAAGCUGCCUUAGAGGUAGCAUAUCAGAAAGCUCAAGAGGCCAACAUCAACGUAAAGGGUCUCAUGGUUACUAAUCCAUCAAACCCCUUAGGGACCAUCUUGGACAGAGAGACACUGCAAUCCAUAGUAAGCUUCAUCAACGAGAAGAGAAUCCACCUUGUCUGUGAUGAGAUAUACGCAGCCACUGUCUUUAGCAAUCCCAAAUUCAUAAGCAUCGCCGAGAUAAUAGAGGGAGACGACACCUGCAAUAGAGAUCUGGUUCACUUCGUGUAUAGCCUCUCAAAGGAUAUGGGGUUCCCAGGCUUCCGGGUGGGCAUAGUUUACUCAUAUAAUGAUGAGGUCGUGAAUUGUGCCCGCAAGAUGUCAAGCUUUGGUUUAGUCUCCACACAGACACAACACUUGAUUGCAUCUAUGUUAUCAGAUGAUGAGUUUGUGGAAAGGUUCAUCGAUGAGAGUGCAAAUAGGUUAGCAACAAGAUAUAAGGUCAUCACAAGGGAGCUUGGUAAAGUAGGAAUUGAAUGCUUGAAGAGCAAUGGUGGUCUCUUUUGUUGGAUGGACUUAAGGAAACUCCUCAAAGAACCAACAGCAGAAGCAGAGAUGGAGUUAUGGAGAGUGAUAGUUCAUGAUGUUAAGCUCAAUGUUUCACCAGGUUCUUCUUUUCAUUGCUCGGAGCCUGGUUGGUUCAGGGUUUGCUUUGCAAACAUGGAUGAUGAGACCAUGGAAGCAGCUCUUAAGAGAAUUCUGAAUUUUGUGGGGAAGUUAAGAGAAGCAGAGGUGCCGUCAGGAAUUGGAAUCAAAAGUUUCAAGAGCAAUCUUCGAUUAAGCUUAUCAUCAUCACGAAGGAUUGAGGAGACUAUCAUGUCUCCAUGCAUCUUAUCACCACGUUCACCUCUUGUUAAAGCCAAGACUUAA